AUAGAGAUGGAAUCUCAUUAUGUUGCCCAGGCCAGUCUCUAACUCCUGGCCUCAAGUGAUCCUCCCACCUCGGCCUCCCAAAGUGCCGGGGUUACACGUGUGAGCCAUGGUGUCCAGCUAAUUUUUUUUCCUUACUGCCUGUAUGAUUGCAGAAUUUUUUGUUUUGUUUUGCUAGAAGAGGAAAAUGGUGCUGUGAGUGUCUAUAAUGUCUGGGACAAUUGUUGUAACUUAUCUAGUUUACACUUGGCUUUUCUUUAAGUAAAUUAUACAUCCCUGAAAUCUUUUCUAGAGCCAAGUGAAGUGAAUGGCUAACCAUCAGAAAGCUAAUUUUCUAACUGGAAAAUGGGAACCUCACUGAGUUGAUGAUGGGCUCACUACUGUGGAAAUGCCACCCUGGAAUGCACAGUGGAGAAUGAAAAAGCCAGUAACCCUGAUGGCCAUCGUUACCGGAUGGCCAGGGUAUGCCAGGCGGCAAAGGUGGAUUUGCUCCCUGAAUGAUCCAUCCAGCCGAAUCUUGGAGUCAUUCCACAUUUGCCACAAGAGGCAGUGUUAGAUCAGUGAUCCUCCAAGUGGGGUCCCCAAAGCAGCAGCGCCAGGGUCUCCUGGGAACUUGUCGGAAAUGCACGUCCUCACACCCUCUGAUCACAGAGGAGUCAGAACUGCUGGGGCCUGGGCUGGGCCGGGCCAACAGUGUCGUCUGCACGGCCCUCCAGGGGCUUCUGGUGCUCCUGCAGGUGUGAGAACGAAUGUCAGACGCUGGAGGCCACAGACAGAAUUCCAGUUACGCGGCAGGCGUUGGAGCCCGUGGGCAUCGCCAUCCUGCCUUACACUGCCGGCCUCUUCUGCGCCCCCUCGAGGACUGUGCCCCCACCUGUUGUGUCUGCCUGGACCCCUCCUGGCAUGCACCUUCCUAGUCCCUAUUCAGUGUCACCCCCUGAAGCCUGCCCUCAACCCCAGGACAGUGCAGCCCCAUCCACAUUCUCUUUACCUCUUGCCCUGGACCCACACAGGCUCCGUGACAUCUGCUCCUGGCACAGCCCCACAGUUGCAGUGCAUGGGCUGGAGCUGCCGCCAUGAGGUUCUCCUUCAAACACCCAGUUCCAGCAUUCUUCAGGAAGCUUCCCAUGCCAUCCUGUCAUGUCUUGCACCCAGCACCAAGGGCGAGGCCCGGCAGAGCAGAGCUGCAGGGGCUCAGCUGUGUGCACCACAGUUCUUGAGACUCCCGCCUGUGUGUCCUUCCCAGUCUGCUCCACAGGCCCAGGCCCAGAGGUCGUCCCUGCGUUCCCAUGGCUUCAGGCACAUAUGUGCAGACAUGACGCCAAGAACGCCGGCUUUGCCACCAAGGACAGAAGACAGUCUGCCCCACCCGGGGUCACCUGCAGGUCCUGCUCUGACCAGGGUCCAGGCCGAUUCCAGGGAUGCAACAGCACCCAGAAUGUCCUGCCUUGUGUGGCACAUGGGACCGGGGACUCGGGCCCCAGGGCUCCCAACCCUGGCUGUGGAGAGAGGGUGGCUCCGCUGCUGGUCGAGGGCACUGUGUGGGCAGACAGCGUGCCAGUGGCCACAGGAUGUCCUGACAGCAGAGGCACUAAACACUCCAGGAGCGCCUGAGCCCCAAACUCUGGUUCAUCCCUUGCAAGUGAGGGAGACCCAGUAACAGCCAGACUCCAUCAGUUCAGAGGCAGGGGCUAGAGACGGAUUUAAUUCAACUUAAAAAUACAAGAAUGGACCUUGUCUGCAGUCCUGAGGGAGUGGACAGGUGCGUGCAUGCUCCGAUGGUGGGAUCCAGACCCCCUCAUCUCCUGCUUUGGAGGUGCCACCAGGCCUCAUCCCGAGCCUCUUACAGGCAGGCCCCGAGGUCCUUUCACCUUUCUCUUCUCUCCAGUGCUUGGUGCAUUUUCAAACUCAGUACCUUUCUUUUGAAUAAAUGAGCAAGAAUAAACCUGGUGCUGCUUGCCAAGCUCCUCUCCCUGGGUGGGGAACUAAAGCAAAACCAUGCUGGAUGGGGUCCCAAACACCCUAAGAAGGGCGAGCUUCUGUCGCUCUCCAGCAGUGCACCGAGGACUGGAGGGAGGGCCCGUCGCUCUCCAGCAGCACACGGAGGACUGGAGGGAGGGCCCGUCACUCUCCAGCAGGAGCACGAGGAGUGGAGGGAGGGCCCGUCGCGCUCCAGCACAUGCACCAAGGAGUGGAGGGAGGGCCCCUUGCUCUCCAGCAGAAGCACCAAGGAUUGGAAGUAAGGCCUGUCGCUCUCCAGCACGCCCCCCGCCCCCACAGUGGAGGGAGGGCCCAUCGCUCUCCAGCAUGAGCACCGAGAGACGGAGGAAGGGUCAGCCAUUUGUCGAGCUCUGCGUGUGAAAAGCUGUGACUUCAUUUCUUAUCAGUUAUUACUGUCACCAUCACACAGGAUGAAAUUGGCCUCACCCGCUCAGGAGCAAUGCUCCCCUCUCCCUGUCCUGCUCCGGGGUUGUUGAGGAAAAAGCCGGACUAACCCAUUCCACACCUUAGCAUCAGUUGCAUAAAUGCUAUCUCAGCAUGUUCUAGAACACAGUACUGUUUAAACAACGUUCUGGGUGUAGCCAAGUUUAUAACUUGCAGACUCCAUGGCCGUUAAACAUGGGGGGCACCUGCCUGCGUUGGAGCAGCCGUCGGAGCCGCGCAGAGCCUGCAACACUCACACAUGACUUCCGCCCACCAGGCCAGGUCCCUCCACUCCUCUAAAUCCUUCCAGUUCUUCUUGGGCCACUUAAACGCCACUGUCUCCAAGAAGUCCUGUCGGAUGACCCUCACAGGAAGUGACAAACCAUAUUCUGAAUCCCUCUCCCCACCCAGCAAGGCCCUAGCCCGCGAGCAUAGGGUUUCCGUUCUAGAACAGUGUUCUGUGAAGGGCCAGACGCGAUAUUUGAGGCCUCAUGGGCCACAUGCUGUCCCUGUUGCAUAUCCUUUUUUUUGUUUGGUUUGGUAAACUGCUUAAGCUGGCAGGACAACAGAACCCGCACAUUCUCCACGCAGCCCAGCGCCCUUGGCCAUGCAGGGCUCUGCCUUCUGCCAGCUCUGGAGGCCCGGGGGCUGGCAUGGGCCUCCCGUCCUGAGCCCCCCAUGUACAUUGCACCCAUACUGGGAAUGCCCCCGGGAUCUGCUGCGAGACCCCCAAGGACCAGCUUCUGCAGUCCUGGAAGGGCUCUCCUGACCCCCAAGUCUGCCAUCUUCUGACGGUGGCAGGUGGGCACAGUCACUGGCUGAGCGACCGAGGGUCACUGAGAUUACUAGGCCGGCGCUGCACCCAACUGAAAUGAACUCACAUGGUCCUCACAACUCCUAGCAGCAGAUGCUGUCAGCCUCACAUCUUACAAGAAAGGAACCAUCUCCAGAAGACACUGAGCAACAUCCUGAGGGUCACAGGGACAGUGCAGAGCCAGGACCAGCCCGGCCCAUGGUCCCCCAGUGUGCACCGCCUGGCCCGGCAUUGUGUGCUCAGCCACGAGGACCAGGAAGAGUCCUGCCCACAGCCCAAGUGUCUACACUGCACUGCCAUCCAGGCUGUGAGCCGCCGCUGAGCAUGGGGAAUGUGGCUGCUGCAGAGACGUUAUGAAACACUUCUAAAAGAAUGUAAAAGAUCUCAUUAAUAAUUUUGAGUACCUGUUAAAAUGAUAGUAAUUUUGGAUAUGGUAGAUUAAAUAAAACAUAUUAUUAAAAUUAA